UUACAAUGUCAUCUCUGAAAUUAACUAUAUACUUUUGCUUGUGUGCUUGUCAACAAUCAUACGUUUAGGUAAAAGUUCAUUUACCCUGUUAACAAACAAAUGUGACCUUGCCUUUUGUGUUCUGAGAAUUGUGCGUACGAGGAGGUUAAAGUCUAAUGUUCAUUUGUAAAGAAGAAAGAAAAAUUCGAACGAGAAGAGGAAGGUAAUAUAGGUGACGCGGCUCAUCAGAGAAAUUCCGUGUGCGGCAUUUGGUUGGGAUGGGAUCGUAAAAUGAAGGGGUACAAAAAAACUUAACGCCACAAUAGUGCCGCGAUAUCUUGUGGACCGAAAAUGAUUAGGCUUCUAUUAAAUGACGCGAAAAAUGUACAUAAACAAUGGUGAUUUAUCAAGCUAAACGAUGACAUUGUUAUUACCCGACAAACAACUAAAGUGUGGAUCAGAAAACAACCAGCGAAAAUUACAAUAGUCAGCAGCGAUCCACUCACUUCAACAGUUGCACAGACACGACGUGUUCUUCCAGUGAAAUGCGUCCUGCUAUACGAUAAUCAGUCAGUGAUUGUGUCAGUCAGUUACUCAGUUUAGCCUAUCGCCUGCGUUACAACUGCCGUUAAACGGAAAACUGAAGAUUACUUAAUUGUAUUGAAUCUGCUCGAUCACCGUUUAAUUCUUCGCAAAAUCAUUCGUAGAUAACCUAAAAAUCUGAUAGCAGUCAUGGGUGUAUGCUUCCCCUUUGCAAUUAUCCAACUGUUUAAAAAUCCUUUUAAUCAAUUUCUCGAACCGGAUAUCCUUGGUAUGUAGUCACGCGCUUGUGCCGACAUUGAUAAUCUGUGAAGGGUCUGUCAUUGUUAUCAUCGCUUGAUGCAAUCUUUCUGAAAAAGUAAAUGAGCUUAAAGUGUCACUAGGACUUUCGUCUGUUUACUUUUGACCCGUCCCAAGUCAACAACUCUUGAAGCCAUUAUUCUUUUGAUUGUUGUGAAAAAGCAAAAGUGUCGCGUGAGAAUUCGUGAUAAUGCAUCAUUCGUUCCUGUUUUCAGCGUUCUUCUUCUUUUUGCCGGUUCUAUCUGUUGACAGAUCGUUAAUUAUUCAAGCCAAUUGUUUGCAUGAUUCAUGCGAUCGGACAGUCGGAAGAACAGUGACGAAAUUGAAUGAAAUUUCAAAUCUUGACAAUGAUUUCGAAAAUGCUGUAGUUGAUCCGUGGAUUGAACAAUCAGAGGCAAGUGUUAAAUGGAAAAUUGAGAACAAAACAUCACCUUGGCAAAUGGAUAACGAAGCACCUACACCGUUGAAUGGCGUAAAUUAUCUUCGUGUCGAUCGUGGGACAUCUUUAUCAUUCAGCAUAGCUAUUCUACGCAGCCCACCUUUUAAAAUUCUACCUGGCAAUGAUAACGCGAUCUUCUCCUUCUCUUUUUGGAUCCGUUCCAAAUGGCCACAAUUCACAAACCUUGAGUUGUAUCUGGCAAAAGAGGAAAACGAAAGCCUUCUUCUAAGUUUGCACAAUUAUUCCGAUACCAACAAUUUUGCAUGGCAAUCUCAAUUGGUUUCGCUGACAGAUGAAACAUCGUCCACUUUGACGUUGGUGUUUUACGCUUAUUGCGGAUUAGACAUGGAAGACGCUGUUGCUAUUGACGAUCUCCGAUUCAUCACGCCAUCUACCACGUCGAAUCCGUCAUCAUCGUCAACCGAAUCCACAGCUGUAACAGACUUUGUAACUACCGAAACUAGCAAGGAUACCACUGACGUAACAGAUGUGUCCACCACAAGUACCCCGCUCAAAACAACUUCGGGACCGGAAGAGCAAACGACAACCACCACCAGCACGUCAGGUUGCUCAAGUUAUUUCGAAAGGGAUACUGGAAUGACUUGUUGGACGUUGAAGGGAAAAUGCUAUUGCUUCCUCAGGAAUAAUACCGCUGGGUUGAGUUGGGUGAAUGCGGAUGCUUUCUGCAAAAGCGGAAACAUGACGCUAGUCAGCCUUGAAACUGAAGAAGAAGACGAACAGAUCUACAAUCACGUUAAAACUAUACCAGAAAUGUCCAAUGCAAAGUACUGGAGUUCAGGGAAAUAUUCGGUAGAUCAAGAUCAUUUUUGGGAAUGGGCAUCUACAGAACCCUUUCAGCCCUUCAUAUACACCAAUUGGAGUCCUGGGGAACCUGAUGAUAAUAGUUUUGGACACUGUGUUUAUCUUGAUUUCAAGAAUAAUUUUAGUAGUGGUUACUGGGAAGAUUUAUUAUGCACCUACCCAAGAAGAUUCAUCUGUGAAUCAAUCAGCUAAAGUUGUUGCUCAUCUGUAAUUGAUCUAUAACUAAUUUAAUUUGUCUCUGAACACUCACUUCAUUGCCUUGUGCAAAAUUGAGGUAUGUGUACUAGAAUCCUGCUACUCCUGUUAACCAAAAAUACAUUGUGUGUCAGACUUA